ACUAACUGUGAUGCUUACCACACAGUAUUUAACAUGAGUAGGAAAGCAAGACUACAGAGUCUUGCCUCAGCUUAUCAAUCAGGUCUGACAGUUUUGCCAUUGCUCAGUACUGCAGCAGCUGGGCAGUUGCUCUGAUGUGAUAGGAAGGUCUGGUCAUUUGGACUACAAAGGAGGCUUGAACAUGUUUGAGUGCUGGCAGACCCUUUGUCAUAGAGCUUCUUGAACACCAUUACACUUGCCAGGCAUUGUCUUGUCUCUUCAUUUCUUUUACCCAGGACUUGUCAUAACAGGCCUUUUGACACAUCAAUUAUCAAUUGUAAAUCUGUAUUUAAUUAUCCAAAAAAAGAAAGUAUUCUGUACCUAGAAUCAAGUCAUCACACACAGAAAAGGAAAAUUACCAUUUUGCUUUUAGUUUCAGGUAGCUUAUCUGUCAACAUCAGCUGUCCCAGGGAAUAGCUACCUUGAAUAGGAAUAUUGUAAAGAAUAGGGUUGAGAACAAAACUGUUCAGCUAGAAACUGCAUAAAUUACCUUUUUUAUAACAGCAUGAAAAGCUUCUUCAAGAGUUUUGUCUUUUAGUUGUUAGUUGGAAGCUGGUAAGCAGUUUGAUAUUCUCGGUUGUGCCUUGCAGAAGUUAGCAUCUACCAUGGUGUGUCCCUGCUCUGUGUAAGGCCACCAGCUUUCUGCUGAGUGGACGCCCUUUGGCUGCUGGGCUGAGGCUGGUGUCAGUCACAGGAACUGGUGGAACUUUUUUCCUCUUCUUGGCCUUUCUAGGCAUUGGAAAAGUCAAACAGAAGCUCUGACAGAACAUUCAGCAGCUUUAUCAUCAUUCUGAGACUGAGGUGUUAAAUAUUUAGGGAGUCAAAAGCAUUCUACAGAUGUGCUCCUUGUGGUCUUCCAGGUGUGUCUCCUAAGAUAAACAGGUGUAUUUCAUUUCUAAAUGUCUUGGCUCUGCAUUCUUGCUUAGUUAAAAGACUGGUUUUUGUAAGGGUUUGGUUUGGGGGAAGUUGGAGUUAGUUUUUAUUCUUCUUCAGUAAAUUAGGUCUGGAAUGGAAAACUAAAAUCUUUCAUGCAGUCUGAACACUGUGAGUCUAAAAAAUUAUAAAGAUGACAUUAAAUCCUUUAAAAUAUUGACAUUAGGGCUAAUGCUGCUUUUUAGCAAUAGAGUAGAGAAGUAAAAGCCAGAGUAAAUGAGCUGUUACUUCAGUAAAAAAACAAGACUGAUAUAAUAAAAAGGUCAGUGUUAAUAAAUGUAGUCUAGGAACCAAAUUUAAGUUAUCUGUCAGAUGUGCUUAAUCCUCCUGGAGAGGAGUGGAUAAUGACCUAUCUAGUUCUAGAAACAGUAAUAUGUUUACUUGCAGGAUUGUAUGACAUGGUUGACUGCAGUAAUACAGCUGGGCUCAGUGAUCUGCAAAAGCUUUAGACCAGUAGAUUUAACAACAGAAAUAGCUGGUUUUUUUGUGUCCCAAUGGGUUUUUUUAAUGUAUCUGAAUUCAGAUGGUGCCUGAUCAGUUAUAUACAGUGAUAAGAAGCCAGAAUAAUAAUUUAUUUUUUUUUCCCCAGAUAUUAAGGGAUUAUUCAUACUUAGUCCAGAGCACCUCAAAAAAGAAGUUUGCCUUGGAGUGGGCUGCAGUUGUGUAAUCAUUCAGAUUUCAGACUAUGUAGUGGAUCUACCAUGUUUUUCACACCAAACCAAGUACAUAAAAUUCUCAGGUAUACAUGAGAUUAGCAGCUCACUAUUUGAGUUAGCUAGUUAGAUAACUAUUUGAUCUAACUGGUAUGUUAAUCCUGAUGUUAUGCUUACAUAAGCUUCUCCAAGUCUAAUUAGCUGGCAAUCCAUGAGAGAUGUCACUGAGUAGAAGGUCUGUGUCCCAAGUGCUGAUAAGUAUGUCCACCCCAAACUGCAUUGCCUUCGAGGAAAUCAGAAAUCUUUUUAUAACCUGUAUCAAUUUGCUUUACACACCUUGCUGGCAGAUUCUUACCUGUUUAAGCCUGUGGUGAUGGAUCUGCCUAAGUCCACUUGUAACUACAUCCUCCCAUGUUAAUUAGGCAGUUGGACACCAGACAUGCCUGGAUAAAGGAACAGUGCUCGGAGGCGCUGACAAGACCACAGCUAUUCAUAUUCUCUGGGCUAAAACACGUAGUGUUGAGGGAGAAGUUUGAUUCGGGAACAGAGUUACAUCUUUUGCAACUACCUUUUUGUCUUUGUCAGAUAGCUCGUAUCAAAGCCGCUGCUAACUGCUGCUGUAGCAACAAACGAAACAUCGCUCUCCUCUUGGAACGUGUUUUAAGACCGGUCUUUAAGGGCAAAGGAAGGGCUGUGGUGCAGGUACGCGGUUCAUUUCCGAGGCCGCGGCGCUGCGCCGGCUGCGAGCUCCAGCCCCGCCGCGCUCCGCGGAGCCGCUCGGGCGCGCCGGGUCCGUCCUCGGGAGCGGCUCCAUCCCCGCCGGAACAGGAAGGCGGCCGGGGCCCGCGGAGGGCCGGGGAGGAGCCGCCGCCCGCAGCAUCCCCGGGGAGGCUCUUGGCAGGCGGGGACCGCCCGCACAGCCCGGAGCAGCGAAAAAAAGUAUGGAGAGGUUUGAACAACAAAACCGAUGGAGCACAAAGGCAGAAACAUGCAGUACCUUGGGACAUUGCGUAAGGGAAAUUGCAACCACGCAGCCAAAACUGGAGCCAAGUGAAAGAAGCAGAGCACUGGGAACAUGGCCCUGCGCGAGAGAGGAACCAGCGGCAGCUCCACCAAUGACAAGCAGGAACAGAACUAUAAUCGUGUUAUUACAAUUGUCUUCCUGGCACUCUUCAUCGACUUGUUGGGAUUUGCUCUCAUCUUGCCACUCUUUCCUUCCAUCCUUGAUUAUUACAGCCAGACUGAGGAUGGAUUCUAUUUGUCAUUGCAACGAGGGGUUGACUGGUUUGCAGUGAUGGCUGGGAUACCUCCAGAGCGGAAAUACAACAGUGUCUUAUUUGGAGGUCUGAUUGGCUCAAUCUUUUCCCUCCUGCAGUUUUUCUCCUCUCCACUCACCGGUGCUGUGUCAGACCACUGGGGCAGAAGGCCUGUCAUCCUGGUGACAGUGAUGGGUUUGAUAGCAUCAUACUCACUCUGGGCUGCCUCUCGGACUUUUGGCGUUUUUCUUCUCUCCAGGAUCAUAGGGGGAAUAAGCAAAGGGAAUGUCAGCCUCUCCACAGCUAUAAUUGCUGACUUGCCAUCUCCAAAAGCACGGAGCAAGGGCAUGGCCAUGAUUGGUGUUGCUUUCUCCCUGGGCUUCACCCUGGGCCCCAUGAUGGGUGCUUACCUCGCCAUGCAGACAGAGAAAGGAGAAGUCUUCUACCUUCGUUCAGCAUUGUCAGCACUCGUGUUUUCUGUGGCUGAUUUAAUUUUCAUCUUCCUCCUUCUUCCAGAAACGCUCCCCAAGGAAAAACGGGUCCCUUCUGUGACAUCUGGAUUUCAGGCAGCAGUUGACUUGCUCAGUCCUUUGGCUUUAUUUCAGUUCUCUGCAGUCACCCGAGGAAAGGAAUCCCCUUCAAAGCAGAAUCUUCAGAAUCUCAAAAUUUUGGGCCUGGCCUACUUCCUGUACCUCUUCCUGUUUUCUGGCUUGGAGUACACACUGAGUUUUCUCACUCACCAGAGAUUCCACUUCAGCAGCAUGCAGCAGGGCAAGAUGUUUUUCUUUAUCGGAAUAACAAUGGCUGGGAUCCAGGGAGGCUAUGCUCGCCGAAUCAAGCCAGGAAAUGAAAUCAGAGCUGUAAAAAGGGCUAUUAUGUUGCUGAUUCCAGCGUUCCUGUUAAUUGGAUGGGCUGCAAAUGUGACCAUGCUGAGUGCUGGACUGUUGCUGUACUCCUUCGCUGCAGCCAUUGUCAUCCCAUGUUUGUCAGCAGUGGUGUCAGGCUAUGGCACUGUCAGCCAGAAGGGACGAGUCAUGGGCAUCCUGAGGAGCCUGGGCGCCCUGGCCAGAGCCCUGGGACCUAUCCUGGCAGCUGCAGUUUACUGGCUGGCCGGGGCAGAGAUUUGCUUCAUUAUCUGUGGAGCUUUUUUCCUUGUCCCCUUGGCUCUACUCAGGUCUAUAAAACAGCAGACAAAGGAGGAGUAGAAAGGAACUACAAAAUCAUCACUAGCUUCCAAGGACCUCUGCAAGACCUGACUCUUGGCACCUGACUCUGCCGAGCAAAUAGGAAGAGCAAGAUUUUGAUCUUCUGGAAGGAGAUACAUGAUGAACAUUUGCAGCAACAACACACAGCAAUUGUUUUAAGGUGGUCUCUCAGCCAGCUGGGUUAGGUUUGCAAAUAGAAAAACACCAAACAAAUGAAAACAGACACACAAUCCCCACAAAGAGUUGAGUAAGGCAUUAAGAGCAGCAGAGAAGCAGAGACAGCACAACAGCAGCAGGCCUGGAGCCGUCCCCACUCACUGUGCUGUUGCACUCAGGGCUCUGCUCCUCACCCUGGGCCUGUGCAGGGGCUGCACUGGCACAGAACAAACUCUCAGGACCAUUCUGAUGGUGUUUCUGUACAAGUGGUACGAGAGUUCUGCAAAUGCUGCAUCCACACCUGCAUGGUGGUCAAACAAAAGCAGAAGCACAGUAAAGGCUGCCUGGUACCCCACUGGUACUUUGGGACAGGUGGACUAUUUUUAAUAUACAAUUAAAUUUGGAGAGAUGUUUUAUAUUUCUAAUACUGUGUGAUGUUUUUGAUGACAAAGCCCUGUUCUUUUUGCAUUACAAUAAACGGUUACAUUGAACAGUCCUGUGGUCAGUUCAUUACAGUUGUUACACCCCUCUGAACUGAACAUCCCUGUCUGGCUGAGGCAAAAAGGGGCCAGAAUUUCACCCAAGGUGCCGAAGACCUCCUUGAGGGAGCCAGCCAUGGAUGACAGCACCAUGCUGAGCCCAGCUAAUGGGUGGGGGAAGGAACCUCCAAGCAUGUUCUGCCCAGUGCUGGGAAUCUGGGAAGGGAGCCCUGCAGUAGCCAAUUUGAGUAUUUUCUGAGAAUGAAAGCCAUCGUUAAUCAACACACUACAUUAAUCAUUUAAAAAAAAACUAAGCAACUGAGGCUAUGGAAUAAAAAUGUACAAGUUUUGAAAGCAGAGCAUGAUUUUUUUUUUCAAGAGUUUUAUUUGUGAGUAGAACUUAAUGAUACAAGAAAGAAAGAAAAAUACAGGACUUUAUUCUGCCCCAAAGUGUGUAACCAUACCAUACAUGACUACAUUUCAUAUUGUAAUACAAAGAACUAAAAGAACAAACUACAAAAUUAGAAAUUAAGAGUCAUUGCAUAUGUGGUCAAGAUAAAUGGAGGGACUUCAGUAAAGAACUGAAACAUACAGCCAUUAGUCAUUUAGUUACGACCCUGCAAUAAAACACAAUUAGCAAAAUAAGUGUUGUUUGCUUCCUAGUGUACAAGGACAUACAGUGUUAGAGCAGAAGCUGAAAGCCAUUCGUGCCAUGCAGUCCUGCCUGAGCGUCGCUGUCCGGGGGCUCCGGCCCAGUGCCCGCCUGCUCUGUCCCACACCGGCCCCGCCACCUUUCCCAUGGUCCCAGUGGCCACCUCCAAACCUCUGUUCUCACUUGAACACUGACAGCUCAAUUCCACUUCCAGCUGUUCCCAAAAACCAGCUCGAGGCAUCGGCACCUCCCAGCCUGACACAGGCCUUGCUCUGCCCACCCAGAGCUGCCUCCAGCCGCUCCACCCGCCCAGCCCUCCGUGCUUUCUGCUGCAUGAAUGUAAGGCAUUAGUUCUCUGCUAUUUUACCAAUUGCAACAUUUAAUAUUGUCCUAAAAGGUUACAUCCAUGUUCUGUUGUAUUACAGACACUUCCUGUGAGUCAGUGUGUUGCCCUUACCCCCAUGGGGUGUUGGGGUUUGCUGCUGUUAAACCCGAAAUGCAAAUUCUAGAAACCAGAAUUGGUCCCUGCCCCGCCAGCCCUGGGCCGGGGAACGGCACCCGCUUUCCGGAGAAUUCCGCAAGCUUGACCUACCUGAUCUUAAACUACUUUUAUAAUUAGUGAUAGACAGAAGCAUGGCAAUAACUGGGAAAUAGUGAACUCAGUGGUGAGAGUGAUUUGCCAUGCUGCACGUUAAACAAACAUUUAUAGCAAACGGUGAAAAUACACCCUUUAAGGUUACACGGGAUUUCUGUACUUGACCGCUGGCAACAACAACAAAAACAAAGAAAUGCCAGCUUUUGUAAGUGAAAAUAUAAUUACUAUAAAACAAGGUGAAAUACUCACUGUAAUGCAUUUACAUUUUUAUCAAUGGGAAGGAACAAACACAAAAGGCUGCACAUGGGGUUCAUGCACAGCAAGGUUGCAUGUGCAACAAAGGGGUUUUUAAGAGGAUGAAAAAACCUGUGCUAAGGCCCAAAAUACACCUGCCCAUGCUUCACGCCACCAGCUGGGAAACUUCUGAAAUACUUUUACUGCAGUUACUUUUUAACCUUUUCUAACAGCCAAAUCGCCACAUGAUUCAGCCAGGCAAGAGCAAAGACAGAUUUCCCUUAAACUGUAAUUCACUAGAAAGAAAAAAAAAAAAA